GAAGUCGCUGAUGACUUACUGUAAUGACAGCUUUCUGUCGCUGGAUCCGCGCUAUCAUGCCGCUCUUUGUUGAAUAAAGUGCUGAUUAUUUGGUGUUAUAACAACAUAUUUGCGGUGCGUCGGCGAUUAUCGCCGCGUCUCAUCUCCGACUCUCCUCGCGAGUUCAAAGAAAAGCGACCCUAUUCGCCUCCCGGCUAAGUUUAUUCGCCAGUUAGCCGCAGCGUGCUAGCCGCAGUUGGCGAGGAUGUCGCUGCACGGCAAGAGAAAAGAGAUCUACAAAUACGAGGCGCCAUGGACGGUUUAUGCCAUGAACUGGAGCGUACGGCCCGACAAACGCUUUCGCUUGGCGCUGGGGAGUUUUGUGGAGGAAUACAACAACAAGGUCCAGCUGGUGGGUUUGGAAGAGGAGAGCUCCGAGUUUGUGUGCAGGAACACUUUCGACCACCCGUACCCCACCACCAAGAUCAUGUGGAUCCCGGACACCAAGGGGGUCUACCCGGACCUGCUGGCCACCAGUGGGGACUACCUGCGCAUCUGGAGGGUCAGCGACACAGAAACACGCCUUGAAUGUUUGCUGAACAACAACAAGAACUCCGACUUCUGCGCUCCCCUCACGUCCUUCGACUGGAACGAGGUGGAUCCAAAUCUGCUGGGCACGUCCAGCAUCGACACCACCUGCACCAUCUGGGGUCUGGAGACCGGCCAGGUGCUGGGCCGGGUCAACCUGGUGUCGGGACAUGUGAAGACACAGCUGAUCGCUCAUGACAAAGAGGUGUAUGAUAUCGCCUUCAGCCGCGCGGGGGGCGGCCGGGACAUGUUUGCCUCGGUCGGGGCCGACGGUUCUGUGCGCAUGUUCGACUUGCGGCACCUGGAGCACAGCACCAUCAUCUAUGAAGACCCCCAGCACCACCCGCUGCUGCGCCUCUGCUGGAACAAACAGGACCCCAACUACUUGGCCACCAUGGCCAUGGACGGCAUGGAGGUGGUGAUCCUUGAUGUUCGUGUACCGUGCACGCCAGUGGCCCGCCUGAACAACCACCGCGCCUGCGUCAACGGCAUCGCCUGGGCGCCGCACUCUUCGUGUCACAUCUGCACCGCAGCCGACGACCACCAGGCCCUGAUCUGGGACAUCCAGCAGAUGCCGCGCGCCAUCGAGGACCCCAUCCUGGCCUACACGGCCGAAGGGGAGAUCAACAAUGUGCAGUGGGCGUCCACGCAGCCUGACUGGAUCGCCAUCUGCUACAACAACUGCUUGGAGAUCCUGCGCGUCUGAAGAAAGAGAACACGAGGAAGCUUUGUCCGGACUUGGAGUGAACAGUUUUUUGGACUAAAAACCCGCCGACUCGGCAAUAACUUACAUUUAGUCUUUUACGCCGUUCUUCUUCUUCUUCUUCUGCGUGUGUUACAUCUUUUUAUUUAUUCUGCUCUCCAGGUAGUCUUCUCGUAAUGCUUGGAACUCUGAAAAGUUUUUUUCUCAACGUUUUUUUGGAGCCAGCGCUGAGAUUAUGUUGGUGGGGUCGUGAAGGAGGAAGGUCUUGAUAGCAGAUCUGGUCUCGUUUUAGCCAACGUGUCCCCUCUGAAGCGCUCAUCCAAGAGGGAUUAAAUUAUGUCACCACCUUCUGGAGACCUCAUGUACAGCAUCACUUUAAAAUGUCCGCUCAGCAAUUCCUUUCUUUUUUUUUUGUAUACUCCUUUCUUAUAUACGUUAGCCUGUGCUAGGACGUAGUAGGAGGUGUGACUUUGUCUAUUUUUGCUCUGGUCCUCACUUGAAGGUCCGUCCUUGUAGCAUGCCAGUACAAGGUACAUGUACAUAAAUAUAAAUAUAUCAUUUUAAGAUAGCCAAGACAUCAUGUUGUAGCCUUUUUUUUUCAUAAAUCCAUUGAAUUUGCUGUAAUAAUAAAUUGUAUUCCUUCAA